AUUCGAACAUCACAUUUUUUCGAAUAAAAUCAAGAAAACACGUACCUUAAAAUUAUUUUCACUCUUAUACCGGUAUUAAAUUUGACUGAUAAGCUACUGGUUACAUCUGGUGUUUCGUCGUCAUUCGCAGUCUGAGGCCAGCUGGGAAAACAAAAAUCUCAUUCCAUUUGCUGGCAACAUGGAAAGCCUAAUAAAUACCGUUAAAGGCUCUGCCCUUGGAGUUGCUGAGUUUUUCACACCCGUGCUGAAGGAGUCCAAGUUCAAAGAGACUGGCGUGCUCACCCCAGAGGAGUUCGUCGCCGCGGGAGAUCACUUGGUGCAUCACUGUCCAACCUGGCAAUGGGCCUCAGGGGACGAGGGCAUGCUCAAAAGCUACCUGCCCAAAGACAAGCAAUUCCUCCUCACAAGAAAUGUUUCGUGCACACGAAGAUGCAAACAACUGGACACUUUGGAUCCGCUAGAAAAGAUUUUGGAGGAUAAUGAUGGUGAAGAAGGCUGGGUGGACACACAUCAUUACUACGUAAAUAAGGAAAGAGACGACGACAAGGUCACAGAAAUGACGACUGAGACUGUGAAGGAGGUGGAGAGAGAUGAUGAGAGUGACGACGACGGUGAGGCUGCGGACAUGGAAAGUUUCGAGGAAAAUGGUUUGCUGGACUGCGAGGACGUGGCUGUGGCGCAGGUCACUAAGAAGAUGGAGAGUGUCGCGGUGGCCAGUAGCGGAGAAAUCCUACAGACAAGAACCUACGACUUGCACAUCACUUACGACAAAUAUUACCAAACCCCGAGGCUCUGGAUGUGUGGCUACGAUGAGAACCGCAAGCCAUUGACCGUCGAACAGGUUUACGAAGACGUGAGCCAGGACCACGCUAGGAAGACGGUCACCAUGGAGAGCCACCCGCAUUUACCUGGCCCUUUGAUGGCCUCAGUGCACCCUUGCAGACACGCUGAGGUGAUGGUCAAAAUCAUCCAGACUGUGGAAGAGGGAGGUGGUAAUCUCGGAGUGCACAUGUACCUGAUUAUCUUCCUGAAGUUCGUCCAAGCCGUGAUUCCAACCAUCGAGUAUGACUUCACUCAGACUUUCAACUUGUGAACUGGUAAAACAAUCUAAUCUGUUUGCUUUUCCAAAAUUGAAAAAGCCGGUUGGUGGCUAGCAAGCUAUGGUAACAAGGUUAAUUUGCUGUUAGUUUUACCAACAUUGCGUUUCAUCAAGUUGAAGUUUGGAUUUCCAUAAAAACAUGUUCCACAAAGUUAUGUUUUCUAUUUUACCACUUUAAAGAAAUUACUUGCAAAUAUAUGAAUAUUCAAUAAAUGCUCACGCGACCCUUA